GGGUCUGGAGUCGGCCUUCUUCUCUAUGUCUCAUGGAGGACGAGAAGCGAGUUCCAACUGACCGUAACAGCUGAAAGGCAAAACCUAGGUUGGUUCCUACCUCGUCUCUGCAUUCUCUCACAGUCGGAAGUCGCCGAUCCGUUUUAUACCAAGAAAUGGGUCGGAAAGCUGGUCAACUCUACCUAAACCCAAAAAGAUUUGCCUCUAUGAAUAAACCUUGCAUGAAGGAAAUGAUAUCGUUACUCAAUUGCUUGUCUCUUAACCACCUAAAUGAUGAGAAAUGUGCUCGGCAAAAGGAACUUUUGACGACUUGUAUGGAGGCUCAGACUAGUAGUCAGAAAAAGGCUUUCGGAAGCAUUAAUUACCAUUUGCAGAGGCUUAACAAGGGAAGGAAGUAGAUCGGUUUUGUGAGGAAGAAUGUCUAGCAUGUCCAUUCAUCAAGUUCAUCAAUUUCAACAAUUUGGCAGGGAAGCCAGUGAUCAGGUUGUAAUGCUAGAGAAUCUUUUUGCAUGAUUUAAACUUAAGUUUUGAACGUAACAUAUGUAGUUUAAAUUAAUCCUAUUGAUGGCAAGUUCUGUAAUAAUCUAUUGACAAGAAUUCAUUUAUGAAUGCUCCAAUUUGAAGGAACAUUUUGAUGUGUAAUAUUAUUAAAGGUUUGAAUAUUGC